GCAGAGCAUGGCUAUGCGUCCCUGUGCCCACACCGAAGUCCGGGCCCAGUCCACAGGAGGAGGAAGCGGUCUCCCCAAGCUCCUGGCGCGCUGGACAGUGGGCGGUGAGGAGGGCCUGGGGCAGCGGGGAAUGGGGGGGGGAUGGACGCCGUCCUUCAUCGGACCCCUCCACUGCCACCUUCCUCCUUAUUGCUCGCAUCUUCUGGGCCAGGUACCCUGCUCUGAAGGCAUUCAGACACCUCCUGCCGUUUCCCCAUCCCCCAAACACACACUCUUCGUUCAAGGACUAUUUCUCGAGGACCCCUGAUGUGUUUGGAAUGGUGAAUAGUUCUGGGUCCUGCUUCCACUCACACUCCUAAUACACCACAUAUCAAACCACUCGCUUUCCCCCACAGGCUUUCUCCUUUUCUCUCCUACUCUCAACCCUUUGCACACUGUUCCCCCCAAUUUGAAUGCCUCUCCCCCCACUACCCAUUUUGGGCAACUUGUGUUGCUGGGCUCAGCUCACAUGUCACCUGUUCAGGAAGCCCUUCCUGAUUGCUGCUAAGGGGCCUCCUUUGGACCCCACAGUCACCUGGGCAGGCCUCCUGUCUCUGCCUCUGCCUGGGACUCAGGUGCCUGAGGCCAGCACAAGGUCCCCACAGUGGGCUAGUUUGGGAUACACAUCUGUAGUGAAUUUUGAGGCCCUGGGAGCCCUGGGACUGAAGGUGUGGGCAGUAGCUGACACCCCCUCACCCCAUCCUCCCUGGCAUUGGCAGGUCUGUGCACAACGAGCUGGAGAAGCGCAGGUGAGUCCCAACCCUGCCCUGAUAGCACCAGGCCCCAGGAACUGCCUCCCUCUGGCCUUCCCUCCCCUGCCGUCCCUCAUCUGGCCAGCAAGCCUGGGUUGGCACUGCCCUCUAGACCCCUUCCCCCACAGGAGGGCCCAGCUGAAGCGGUGCCUGGAGCAGCUGAAGCAGCAGAUGCCCCUGGGGGCUGACUGUGCCCGAUACACCACACUGAGCCUUCUGCGCAGGGCCAGGAUGCACAUCCAGAGGAAGAAAUGGAGGCAGAGCCGGCUGAUGAGAGGCAGAUUCAGAACCGAGGCCUAGGUCUCCUGACUUGCAUUCUUUUCUUCAACAAGUGAGCACCUGCUCUGCCAGGCCCUGUUGUGGGCACAGGGGGCAGUGGCAGAGACAGAUGGAGGUGCCAUGCAGCAAAUAAAUCGUGGUGUGGAAACUGUCAGCACUGUCCCAAAGGUGCCUGCAUUCUCCUCAUUGUGGCUGAAUAACACCCUGGCCAGAUAGCCGGCUCCAGUUUCUCACAUGGAGUUGCUGAUUUGGUUCCUGGAGGGAUGAUGUGUGACCUUGGGUGCUGGCUGGCCCGUGGGCAGGACCUAGGGAUUGCUCCUUCCUUGAAGCCCCAUCACCCCUCUCCUGGACUCCCUGCUUCCUGUUUUGCCUCCACCUGGCUGCCCUCCCCACCUUGCCCUAGAAUGUUCUUUUUUUUUUUUGCGGUACGCGGGCCUCUCACUGUUGUGGCCUCUCCCGUUGAGGAGCACAGGCUCCGGACGUGCAGGCCCAGUGGCCAUGGCUCAAGGGCCCAGCCGCUCCGCGGCAUGUGGGAUCUUCCCGGACCAGGGCACGAACCCGUGUCCCCUGCAUCGGCAGGCGGACUCUCAACCACUGCGCCACCAGGGAAGCCCCCUAGAAUGUUCUUUGUACCACAUAGAUCUGUCCAGGUCUGCCUCCUGCUGAAAACCUUCCAUGGCUCCUGACAAGGACAGUUUCAGUUUCUUUCUUCCUGUGAUACUCAAGGCCCUUCACAACACAGGCCUUGCCACUGGUCUCAUCUUUCCCCAUUCCGCACCAAAAAAGCUGAACUCUCCAUGCUUUUCCCAUUUUCUCUCUGCCUGGAUGCUUCUUCCUCCCCUAUCUUUGCCUGGGCAGCUCUUAUUCAUUCAUCUACUCCCAGUCCAAAUGCCCCCUCACCCAAUUCUCCCCUUCUUGCUGACUGAAUGCAGGCUUCCGUCCAUUGAGGACCCUGAUGGGAGAACCCUUGGUCCUCCAGUCCCUGGAACUCAGGGCUGGCAGAGCUUGCGUGGGGGCAGCAGAAGGGGACUAAUGCUGAAGACUUAGGACUCCUGGGAGGGUCUUGAGGAGUUACAAACUGGUAGCCUUUGUUUGGUCUGUAGUUUUCUAAAAACUUAAAUUAGUUGGCAGCACUUAAAAGGACAUUUGACAUGAAAAAAUGUGAUCUCCCUGCUUCUCUUUAAAAAACUGGGCGAUCUGGCAACACUGGGCCUGUUUCCAUGUGGCAGUAAUUGGCCUGGGCCACUGCCUUGAGCCUUAGUAUGCACUCGCUGGUGUGCCCCAGUCCCCCACAGUCCCUGUUGCCUGACACCAGACACUCCACUCAUUCACAUCACUUGACUGGGCCCCGAGGGCCUUUGAGAUUGUGGUGCCCUCCCUUCCCCACCCAUCUGGACAGACUUCCUGGGCCAUUUACAUGGGACAGAAGGGCAGGAGGGCCUAGCUUCCUGUAGGAUGUGGGAGCGACCCUCUGGGGCCCAGAUCUAGUGAGCCCGUGUGGAGCAAGCAGUCACCACGUGGCCAAGGUUCGCCGUUAAGUGGUGUUGGGCUGAGGCCCGAGACCCCAGGUAGCUGACCCCAGCCCCU